AGGGAGCGCAUUAGAGCAUCAACAUUUGGACCAUGGCGAAAGCGAAGUCAAUUCGUUUUGAAUAAUAUUUUGUUUUUACUUAUUUGUGUUGUUCAGUGUUUGUUUCUUAGUGAAAAUAAUAAUUUUUUGGUUAUCCGGAUUGUAAGUCUACGUUGAAGUGAUAAAGUUUUAUCUCCAAAGUUUUAAGUUUUGUGUGAAAAGUUGUAAAAGUCACUCGAGGAUUCAGGUGUCAAUGAGGAUGUUAUUCACCUCAUACACAGCACCGUUCAGCUGAAGUUUGAAGGUGGUAUCUCGCCAUGCAGAGUGCGGGUGGGAGCAGGGCCUGUGCGCCAUGAGCCAUACUCCUGGAGGCGGCCACCCGCAAGGUUGGGAGCACAAGCUUGCAGACCGGUCGUCGCUGCCGCCAGCACCGGGGGAGGAGAAAACCAAAUCUCAGUCCAAACAUGUGUUCACACAGCCCCAUAACCCUAAAACGAGCGCUAUGUGGUGGCGCGAAGAGACGGAAGGCUCGUCGGGCAGCAGCGCACGUUCACCUGCCUCACCUCCCUAUGUACGUUGGGCUAGAGCCCUGCACUUCCUGCUCGAGGAUGCAGAGGGCGUGCGUCUGUUUCGUAAGUUCGUGUGCGGAGCCGGCGGAUUGCACGUCGAUCGGCUUAACUUCUACUUCGCCGUGCACGGCUUGCGACAGGAGACCGAACCGUCCAAGAUCCGGCAAGUCGUGUCGGCUAUAUACAAAUUCCUGCGGAAGUCUCAGCUAACGAUGCCGGAAGCGCUGAAGUCGCAGGUCAAGCAGGCGAUCAAAGAUGGCGCAUCCAUCGAGAAGACUAUCUUCGAUGAAAUGGAGCGAGAGGUGACGCGCGCCAUAACUGAAACGACGUACCAAUCGUUCCUCCGGUCGGAAGCUUACGUCUCGUACGUGAGUGCGGCCACUCAGCCUCUUUCCUCGCCUGACGCCUCGCCACCUCACCAUAAAGAGAUGCCAGUAUGCGGCCUGGCAACAUUGCACGAAGGUCAGGAGUUGUCGGGCGCGAGCGCGAAUACGAGCUCGAGUACGAGCGCACGUCUCACUCACGACGCGUUGCUCGCCACUCAAUCGCGGAGACUCCACUCGGACGUCGCACCUCACCGUCACAAGCGGUCAGUGUACAGCGCUCACGUGUCGUACGCGGGGUAUACGCCGACGUCGCGUCAGGACUCAGAACGGGGCAGCCUUAGCAGCGGACGUACCGAUAGUGAUGCUGUCUCGCUUUCCGGCAGUAGUGUGGAUGGUAUGUCUGUGCGCGGCCCCAGAGAUAGCCGGGAGUCGCGGCAUCGGCAACGCCUGUACGGAAUGGACAGGCAGGCCGUUAUCAAUAAGGAGCAGGAUACUGCAAUGAUGAUCCCCCGUACCCAACGAGUUCAGUCUGAACAAUUACGAGUUCUGCCGCCGGCUGAAUUUGCGCCGCUUCUAAUUGAGAAAUUAGAAAGAGUUAGAAGAGAUAGAGAAAACAAGGAGAGACUGGAACGGAGAUUAGCUGAGGGUGAGGGUGAAGAGACCUCAUCUCAAGUGCUUCCACCACAGUUAGUUGCUGCUGCAAUUCGGGAGAAGCUUCAGCCAGAUGACGACAACGAUCAGGAUAUUCUUGAUCAGCACGUAUCCCGAGUAUGGUCCGAACGCACUCCGGGUGGAUCUCCUCCUGGUGGAAGACGAGCGAGGAGACACAAUCGCCGAGCUCCUUCCUGCCUCUCUGCUGACUCCGGCCAUUAUGAUGAACCGCCGCAUCUUGCUACACGCAGAUCGUUCUCAAAGAAAACGGUGACAGAGCUGACAGACAGUGGCGUGUCGGUUGUAAGCGAAGGUGGAGUGAGUGGGCUGAGUGCUGCGAGUGAGCCCCGGAUUCUUCUUUGGAUCGCUGAAGGGGAAAGGGGAGAACGGAGGGCAACUUCGGCUGAUAGACAUCGCCGGCAAACACGCGGCGGCGGCGGCAGCAAGAGCAGCAGUACCAGCGGCGGCGUGGAGCAGACCGUGGUGGUGGCCCACUUCUUGGACGAGAGCGUGCCUUACCGCUUCAAGGUGCCCGCCUGCCCUCUCACGCUCAAGACCUUCAAGGAGUAUCUGCCGCGAAAGGGGAAUUACAGAUAUUUCUUCAAGACGGAGUGUGCGGAUCUAGACAACACAGUGAUUCAGGAAGAGGUCAGUUGUGACAACGACACGCUGCCCAUGUUCGAGGGGAAGGUCAUGGCCCGAGUCAAAGCUAUUGAAUAACUUCAGGAAUAUUGGGAAUUUGUUAAAUUAUUUGCUACUUAAAUGUUAGCUUUUAUUAUUUGUGUAUUGGACUUUGGUUUUUUAGUAAUUUACAAAGACGUUCUCUCCUAUAAAACUAAAAUUUAGACGCCUUUUUUUUUUUAAAUAAAAAGUCACCUGCCGGAAAUUUUGUUUCACCGGGAAUCUAUCCCAGGAACUUUGCGAUUAUUUAACUAAUUUAGAUCGUGGAACGUAGCUGGUUAUUGUGGGUCAAUGAUUUACACCGUGCAAACUUAAUUAGCCUCAAAAAUUUACGCAAAUAGAUUAACUGUUUAUGAAAAGUUUUGAGAUGGUUCACUUUGACGAGGUCAUAUAACCCAAUAUUUUGCUGGUCGAGAUAUAUAGUUUGAUUCACCUUUGUAACUAUAUAUCUUUGAUCAGCAAAAUUGGUAGCCCCAAACACCUAACAUUACUCCAGAGAAGAAAUAAAAAUUAUUAUAAAUAAUUAAAAAACGUCUGACAGUAGCAAAUUUAAAAAAAAUUUAGAUGGUUCUAAAAGAGCGUUAAAUAUUCGUUAAUAUUUUUACGAAGCGAAUAGGGCUUCGAUAAAUAACAUGGAAACAUCUGUUACCAUGGUUACAAUAUUGGCGUAUAAAAGGUGGUAAUUAUAGUCCACGCCAUAUAAAAGGUAUCAACAUCGAUAGGCUUUAAACUUGAUUGGAAAAAGAUAGCUUCAAUUACAACAUAUAUAUUAUGUAUAUAGUUGUCCGUCUGUAGAGUAAAUGUGUCCACUACAUAAUCGUCGUAUUGCCUGUUUGAUUUCUAUAAUAAAUAUUUAUUAGAAAAUCAAUUUGACAAUAUUGCCACAGACAACGCGACAUUCUGUAAAUAAUUAGUUGUAUCGGUAUAAUCUAUUGGAUGUAUUAGUGAAACAGCCCAGUAAAAAUUUUCGUCUACCCUCAAAAUACCUGUUAUUUUUUUAUAAAUUUUUUGCGUACGCCCAGUUCAGGGACAUGAAUUAUUUUUGAAGUCGCGUCCUCGAUUUACGCUUACUUUAUUUUUAUAUGAAAAUUUGUUUUAAUUAGUUGUUAGCGAAUGACUGCUUAGUUGGUACGCGCCGUAAGCGUUAUUUUCUAUUUGUUUUUGCGGGCGUUAGUUUAGCUGUGGGAAUUUAUUUUAAAAACUUAAAUGCCGGUACUGAAUGCCCAAUAUGUGGAUCCUGUUAAGGGAUCAAAUCUAUGUAAUAAUUGUUUAAUUGACAUAUUUAAAAAUUAUUGCAAUUACAAUUUUACCUGUGACAAUUAAUUGUCACGUCUUAAUCAAGUUAAGUUUUUUUAGUACAUUGUUAAGUGGACAGUUUUCCGUUCUGCAGCUGUGAAUAGUACCUACAUAUGUAUAUACAUAGUUGUAAGAUACAUUAUGUUUGCCGACGAAUACUGCGCUCGCGCUAUUUUGAUACUAUUUCGAUUAUGUCCACUCCCAAUGGUCUUUAAUUGAUAAUAUUAGCGCCAGGGUCGUAUUCGCUAUGAUUAUUUUAUCGAAUAUCAGACUGAAUUUUGUAUAAUUUCAAAGUAAUUCGAACCCAACUCCAUAAAGGAGGAAAAAAACUCAAAGAUUUACUUCCUAAUCACUAGUCCUUGGCGUGCGUUCUGUCGACUGUAUGGCCCACUUAAACCCAGUAAAUUUCUUUAAAUCUAGAGGAUUCAAAUUUAAAUAUAGCUAGUCAGUUUGGAUAGUUGAGCCUGCUAUCAGUCCCAUACUACUAUUUACAUAAAAAGGUAUGGGACUACCCGCAUUUUAAUUUUUUUUUUGUUCGUCGUCUAAUCUUUUUUUGAAGUACCCCGCGUACUCCUUUGUUGUACUAGGCCAUAGCGGGGCGACGGGACGCCGCAGUCCAAUAGUACUUAGCAGCGUUAGAAUAAGAUGUAUGAUAGCUCGAGUCCGGUCCACUGUAAGAUAGACGAGUGCACCAUCACUGCACAAUAUUGAGAAUAGGGUGCGUAAAAAUGUGCCUUCAAUGUUAAUAAAAUUUUUCAUAGUUGAUGCUUCUAACUAGACGUAAGUUUGUAAAUAUAGAGUAGCGCUAACGAACUCUUUAUUAUUAUUUAAAUAUAUUUUAAUUUAUUGCCUAAGUCGUGCGCGUCGCGGAUGCGCGUUUUUUUUUAUAUUUCUCCUCCGAUUCCGAUGUCUUCCUUGCCUCUCUUAGCUUAAAUCUUUUCUAUCUUAGAGAAAUGUGUAGCUUUUUAUAAUUUAACAGAUUUAUAGUCCGUUUCUCGCGCUGUUUGAACGACGCUUGUGAGUCGAAGCACUUCAAGCGAAUAUCUUCAAGUAUUUGUUGUCCAAUUAAAUGUCUCACUGCAUCGAAAUCGUUAUGAGCAAAACCGGCACAAUAUUUGUGUCGUAAACUCUAAGUCUUUCGCGUAUUUUUGAAUUGUUUUGUAUUUCUGGUGAUAUUCGCUUGCUCGAUGCGGCGUUACGAGGUACACGUAUGUAUAAAUAGAUAAUUAUAACAUUUUUAUAAAUACCAGUUUAAGGCACUCAGUUGGCUGGAUGUAUGUGAGAUACUUGAGAGCUCGGAAAAUAAUACAAUUGCUUGUUAAAUUUGUAAAAUGUUCCAUUUAAUGAUGAAUGGUGUUAAUUAUGGUACAUAGGUACGAAUAAUUCUUGGGCAGUUGUAUUGCGAGAAUUUCACUAAUCGGACUGUAUUAUUUUUUUAACUAGCACAUGUAACUAUUAAAAAUUAAAACUGGAACUGUGCCAUA